AUGGGCUUACCGGAUGGAUUUUACGUAAGAAGAAUAGAAGAAAAGGAUUUUGAACAAGUCACAGAGACACUGAAAGUCUUGACUACUGUAGGUACAAUCGCACCCGAAUCCUUCGGCAAACUCAUAAAAUAUUGGAAUGAAGCUACUGUAUGGGAUGAUAACAAUGAUAAAAAAAUCAUGCAAUACAACGCUAUAGUUAUCGUGGACAAGCACACUGAGAAGAUCGCUGCCACAGGGAAUAUCUUUAUCGAGAAAAAGAUUAUCCAUGAAUUAGGGCUGUGUGGCCAUAUCGAAGACAUCGCUGUUAACUCGAAAUAUCAAGGGCAAGGGUUGGGCAAACUUUUGAUCGACGAAUUGGUGACUAUUGGAUAUGGCUACGGUUGUUAUAAGAUUAUCUUAGAUUGCGACGAGAAAAAUGUCAAGUUCUAUGAAAAAUGUGGGUUCAGUAAUGCAGGCGUGGAAAUGCAAAUUAGAAAAUAG